AUGUCUACUCAUCAGAAAAUUGAUCGCGAUUCUGGCAACGCAAUAACAAACGCUUUAUCAUUUUUCGAAACUCCCCACACAAAUGUCAGUAUUAGCAACUCCUCAUUUAUUGAAUUACUCACACUCAACCCUGUAAAUAUCACCCCCUUUCAUUUCAAAAUUCAUGCGACUACAAAUUAUAUUGAUCUGGCCAAAACUUAUGUUUUCACUGAACUUAGGAUUAAAAAAGAAGACAAGGAUGGGAAACUUGUUGAUAUAGGAAGGGAUGAUAAUGUAUCGGCAGUGCAACUUAUAGGUCAUACACUUUGGAAAAAUUGCCGUAUGCAUAUUAAUGGAACUCAGGUUUUUGAAGGGAACUCCCUCAUGGCAUACAAAAGUAUUUUUGACUACGAACUAACCUACCCACAAAGUGUGAAGAACUCUUAUCUUUCUGUAGCGGGAUAUUAUGAUGAUGGAGCCACACAAACAUACCCAGGUGUUGAUGCAAAUGGAUAUGGAGUUAAAUCAAGGAAAAGAUUAUUCUUAGACGAAGAUGGAAAUCCGCGCAGUGCACAAUUUAUGGCCAAAUUGGAUGUUGAUAUUUGUAAUCAACCAAGAUAUUUAGUAAACCAGUGUGAAGUUGAUAUUGAACUACUACCCAAUGAAUCAAGUUUCCUGCUUAGUGCGCCCUGGGACACUGCCCCAAAAUAUCAUCUAGAAAUUCUGGCUUGCAAAUUAUAUGUAAAGAAGAUUGAGUUGAUGGACAGCCUAGCCUUUGAUAUUGCAAAAAAACUUGAAAUAAAGCCCGCGAGAUACCCGAUAAGAAAAACAUCUCUGAAAUCUUUAUUCAUCAGUGAAAAUAGAACAGAAUUUAAUGCUAACCUAUGGAUGGAUCAGGUGCCUCGAAGAAUUAUACUGGGAAUGGUUGAUAAUAAAGAUUUUGUAGGACGACAAAAAACAACUCCAUUUUAUUUCCAACAUUUUAAUUUGAGAGAUAUUUCCAUUACUGCUGGGGGAGUGACAUUUCCAGCAGCCCCUUAUUCCCUUGAUUUUCCGAAAGGAAACUAUGCCAGAAUUUAUCAUGACAUGCAAGAAGCAAUAGGGUACGCGGGAUCACUAGAAAGUAACGGUAUAUCAAUGUUUCGUUAUGCAUAUGCAGGAUAUUGCUUCUUCGUAUUUAACCUUACAAAUAGCCAGGAAGAUAACGGCCCAGAGAUGUUUGAUUUAAUAAAGAAUGGUACAACAAGUAUACGGAUGACCUUCAACGAACCUGUUCCUAGUGGUGGGAUUGUACUAGUAGCCAUGGGCGAAAUCGAUUCGCUGCUUAUGUUAGAUAGGAACAGAACUAUUUCUACAGAUAUUUCAGUAUAA